UCGCUAUUAACAAACAUUACCACAUGGUAUAAUGACUUUUUAAAUGGAUAAAAUUUUACUAUUCAUAUUUGAUUAUCUCUUAAAUCUUAUAUUCGUUACAAUAGCCCAGCUUCCAUGGGUCUUAUUGAAAUAUUUCGUAACUCCUUAUAAAAGAGGCUUCUUUUGUAAUGAUCAAUCCCUAAUGUAUCCUUAUAAAAACUCAACUGUUACAAAUAAUAUGUUAACUGCAAUAAAUAUGGCAAUCCCAGUUAUAACAAUCCUAAUAGUGGAAUUGAAACUUUCUGGAGCCCUGCAAACAUUUUUCUCAAAGAAGGAAGCGGAAUCCACAAAAUUAUCAUUUUUCAGGUGUGCCUUCAAAACUCUCUGCAUAUUUUUUGUUGGGGUCGGAGUCAAUCAAUCUUCUACAAAUAUGCUGAAAUGGGUUGUAGGCCGACUCAGGCCUCAUUUCUUUUCCGUUUGCGUUCCGUCUUACAAGGCUCCUUGCAACGCGGAUCUUUACAUAACGGACGCCGAAUGCUUCGGAACCAACCUGGCCCGUAUCAAAGAUGCCAGACUUUCCUUUCCUUCCGGACAUUCUUCCUCCUCCAUGUACGCCCUACUUUUCACGGCUCUCUACCUUCAUUUCCGCGCCAAAAAAUGCCGAUUUCAAGUUUUCAGCGCCUUAUUACAAGGCGGUCUAAUAAUGCUUUCCUUGUGGAUCGGAGCGACCCGGAUUUCUGACUAUAAGCAUCAUUGGAGCGACGUUCUCACUGGGUUCCUUAUAGGUGCCGUCUUCGCCAUUUUGUUUGCGAGUUGCGCCAUAGCAGGAACCAUAUACCCCUCGUGGAAUAAAAGCAAAAUGUUCAACUCGGCUCCCUCAUCCCCAAAUCAAUACGGUAGUAACAAUCAACAACCUAACAGAUGUUACAAUCCUACCAAGGACCCCCUUAAUUCUGAGAGCGCCCUCAUCGGCAAUAAUAAUAUUAGGAAUUUUGAGUUUAAUAGCAACAUUAAACCCCCUAGCUUCAUCCCUAAUACACCUGUGUGAAAGAGAGGAAGAAAAAAAAACUAACAAAUUAUUUUUAUCCCACCAUUCUUAAUUUUAACGGAAGUGGAUUUAAUUCAUAAAUAUUGUAGCCUGCCCACUACCGGAUCUUUGGCGACGACGCUAUUUAUUUAUACCAUUUCUAUAAAGCGAUUUUUAUAAAUAACAAAUUUUAGAUAUUUUUUUAAAAAAAAAUUCAAUAUUCAUUUUUUUAUAUAUAAAAAAGGUAUAUAAAACAUUGGCCAAAAAUUUUUUUUAUACCUAUAUGUUUUUUUUUAUUAAAAGAAUUUAAUAUUUUAACCAACAUAGCUUUAGUGGUUAAUUUUGCAGCUUUUAUAUCAUUUUUGAAUUGUGCAAUUAUC